AAUGGCGGAAGAUGGAGAUAUCGAUAUCGAAGGGGAUUUUGAUUUUAAAUUGGAGGUUGCCAACAUAUAUGAUACAAAUGAACUUCCAUCGAAGAGUGCCAACCUCCUUCCAGAGUUCACAAAUCCAGCUUGGAUGCUUGAACAGGGAUGGACAAUGGACAGCUGCAUUGAUGAGAAGUCUAAAGCCACCAUUGAGAAAAUGUUACAAGAGGAGCAAUAUUACUUGAAUGGGAAAGUUGGUACACGCCAAAGACUAGGUGGCAGCACUUCCAAGACCAAGCCCAUGUCUCACAAACAGCCAUGGAGUGAAGAAGAGAAACAAGUGUUCCAGUCAGGACUGGAGAUAUUUGGAAGAAGCUGGUCCAAGAUAGCACAGCUUAUCCCAUCACGUACAACAUUGCAAGUUAAAAAUUAUGCCCAACAGUAUUUCAAGCAACAGGCAAAGCGAUCCCCCAGUGGAGUGGAGGGCCAAGUCCAGUUGGAUGCUAACCUUCCACACAACUCAGCACUGGCUCAUGUGCUGGUGUCAGUGACCACUGGUCAACCUACAGUAACUACAGCUGCAGCAGUGCGUCCUCAGGUGACAUUGUCAAGGUCACACAUGGCACCCCGCCCCAGGCCAACUUCAACUGCUUCUUCCCCUUGUCUUGUAUCACAACCACCUUUACCAGUGUGUCCACCUUGUCCUGUGCCAGUGGAUCUAAACACUACCACAUCCUCCUCACAAGGUCUAGCCUUCAAACCUAUAGACCGAGGAACGCCAUCAACCUCCACAAUGAAAAUCAUAACACAGCCAAAUGCGCGACUUGUUUUGCCAAAGAGACCUGCUUCAGCACCUAAAUUGAGUCAGCCUGUAACCAUAGUAACAACUAACUUAGGAUCACUCAGUGAGGUUGAAACUCCAAAACGAUUUGUUCAUAAUGGAGAAAUUCAGCACCUGGAGGUGAUGAAACCACCAAAUCAGCUUCAGUUGAGUCCUACCUUGGAGAACAAGUUAGCUAGCUCCACUGGGAUCAUCGAGAACCUGGAUGGAUUUUGUGCUGUGGCUGAUAUUGUAGAAGGGACCUCAGCUGUUGAAGACACCAGCCAGGAUGAUGAGGAGAUAGAUAUUGAUAUAGAAAACGAUGACGAUAAUGAUGAAAACCCCAUUCUCAAAAGUAGGUCGGCAUCUCCUAAUUCUGUGUAUGAACGACUGCUUAAAGCUGCCAAUAUAAGAAACAGAGAUUCUAGUCAGAAGGAGGCAGACAUGAAGGCUAAAUCGAGUGUCAAGUUAGAGAGUGUGGAGUUAAGUGAAAAUAAAAUGGCAGAAAAAUCACCGGUGAAAUGUGAAGUUGUUGAGGAGGGUUGUGAAUUGUCAAAGGGAUCUGGUGUCACUGUGGAAGGGACAGAUCAAGAGGGUGGGCAAACCACUCUAAUGGAAAUCAAACCUCUGGACACAUUAGAAAGCACAUCUGUAACCUCAGAGGUCAUCUCUGAAUCUUCUGAGGACUGGUCAACGGAAAGUAACUAUGGAGAUGAGAAAAAAAUUACUAACAGCAUUGUACUGUCUAAUGGAGAGGUUGUAGAGUUUGAUAUCCCAGUUGAGGAACGUACAGUAGAUUACAAAAGCAUAACAGAUGAAGAGAGAAAAAUUCAUAUUGAGUUCUUUGAUGGCCGGCCUUCAAAGACACCAGAAAGAUACAUGAAGAUCAGAAAUUAUAUCCUGGAAUCAUGGAGGAAGUGUCGCCCUAAUUACCUAAACAAGACAUCAGUACGACCAGGCCUCAGGAACUGUGGGGACGUCAACUGUAUAGGAAGGAUACACUCUUACCUGGAAUGUACUGGGGCGAUCAACUUUGGCUGUGAGCAAGCGUGUUACAACCAUCCAACAAAGAUUGUGGUUGCUGGACCAAGGGAGAGAUUUAGUCGAGAGGCUGUCAUACAAGUUAAUCUGUCUAAGUUAGAGGCAAUGAGACCCAGGAAACGGAGGAUUCGAGACGCCUGUGGCCACUGGGUGGAUGAGAAAGAACUGCAGGGAAAAACUAUAGAGCACAAAGAUGGGUGUAAUGAAGACUACCCAAAACCUAAAGCCUAUCGAUUUAACAAAGGAGGAUAUGAUCCCUUCAAACUGAUACCCUGUGUUCCAUUCUCAGAUGAUGUAAAGCCUCCAUUUUCUGUGGAAGUUUACAACCUCGCAAUGAUCACCAUGGAUAUGCAUGCCCACAUAUCUAAAACUGAAGUAAUUGGGAUGCUUGGAGGCCAGUAUAUGGAGGAACAGGGUAAACUAGUGAUCACCAUGGCAGUGCCCUGUAACAGUACUAGUACUGGCAUGCAGUGUGAAAUGGAUCCAGUAUCACAGACCCUAGCCAGUGAGGCUAUCUGUAGGAACUACUCUGUUGUGGGAUGGUAUCACUCUCAUCCAACCUUUGCACCCAACCCAUCCAUUAGGGAUAUAGAAACACAACUAAAAUUCCAAGAAUGGUUUUCUAAAGGAGGUUCCAAAUUUGUUGGUGUGAUCGUAAGCCCGUACAAUAGACAAAACCCGAGUCUGUACUCGGAGUUCCAGUGUUUGACUAUUGGCCAGGAGCGUAGUGAGAGUGGCAUGUACAACAUCCCCCACAGUUUUAGCUAUGAUGUGAUCGUACACCCAGUGUCAACACAUGAUCUGAAGACCGAGGCAAGCGAGUUGGCAGAUCGUUAUGCCAGUUAUACCAACAGGGUGGAGCUUCUGGGGGACUACAGAGUGGUCACACAAAUGAGGUGUCUAGAUAAGAUGUUGCUAUCUAUAAGUGAGUACAUGGAUAAUAGUCAGGAUGAAGUGGAUGAAAUGACUUCUUUAGUAAGAGAUGUUUUUACAGAGUCAUUUUCAUCCAACCACCCAGAGUCUGUUGAACCUGAUGUGGUAUGUGAAGACUCAGACUUUUUCUGUGCAGAGGCAGACAUGAUGAGCUCUUCUAGUGAUAGUGAAGGACACUCACAGGAGAAAGACCAAUCAGAGACAAUUUCUCAAGGUAGUGGUAGCCAAUCACAAAACUUGUUACAAGAAAGUGAUGAUUCUGGCUUAACACAGAAAUUGGAACUUUCUAAAUCUACAGGUCCUCAACUUAUUGGUGUCAGUUGAUAAAAACUUAUUUUUAGGAACUUAUUAAUAUUGCAUGUUUUUUGAUAUUUUAGGUAUUCAUUGACGAUUACCAACAAAUUUUCUGGUUGCCAAAGAAAAUGGCUGUAAGCUUUAGCGCUGUAAAAGGACAUUGCAUUGACAAAAUUGUUACUUUUGUUUGUGAAAAUUCUGUAAUGUAAGUAUUUUAUUGUUAUGUUGUGGUCACAUUCUAAAUUCUUGCUUUUAUACACUGUUUCAGAUACAUAUGCCAAAAUACCUGACUAGUGUAUUUGUCAUUGUUUUACAGUUUUAUAAGGCAAAAUGGAAUUGAAAAUUUUGGAUACAGAAUUGGCAUAACUAAUGAAAGGAAUACAUAAUGUUCUUAACAGAAUGAUGCCAGUCUCCUCAACCAUGCUCCUGUAAUUAAACUUCAUUGUAAAAGCUGUUUGAAAAACUGGUUGAAUGCUGUAAGACAUAAUAUACAGGUACAGACCCAGAAAUUUCAAGAAGGGGGCCUUACUGAGCAAAGAUAAUGACAGUAUUUAAAGGAGUUAUGUUUUUGCUGAUUAGAAGCAUUUUCAGGUAAAGGCACAAUAGCAUUGUUCUGAUAGGCAGUUUCAACCAUCUCUGAAAAAAUAUUUAAUUGCUAUUUUUCUAAUGAAAAAGCAAUAAGCGUAAAUUUUUCUUUGUUAAUUUAUUUUGUUAUUUAUGUAGACUUUGUCACAAAGGUAUUUUACAGACCUAACAAGCAUUUCUAUGACAGAUGUAACUUAAGUAUACAACUUCGCCAGUAUUAAAUGAAACUCUUCAGUCUCUCUGUUUAUCUUAUUUUUAUUUAUUUUUCGUAGUUGAGAUAAAAUGGUAGUUGUUGAUAUAAUAAGAAGUUACUAAAACUUAUUUUUAAUCCACUCUUGAUUAGAUAAUAACUGUUGGUAUAGUUUUAGUCUAUUGAUGUUAGGGCUACAAAUAGACCCAUGAGAGUAUGUUGUGACUUUAGCAAAUUACUUUUGACUGGUAAAUUGAAAGGCUGUGUCUAUUUGAUGUGCUUUGUGUAAGCUUUAUGAAUGUCAAGCAGGAUAUUUCUAUGUAAUGACAUUUGCCUAAUAUGUAAGGCACGGAUAUCAAAUGUGUCCAACAUUAUAUUUACACUUCACAAAGAAGUGAUACCAGUAAAGCCAGAAGACAAAGAUUUAUAUCAAGAUUUAUUAUUGCUUUAAGAAUUUGGGCAUUUCCAAUUCAUUUAUUGUGAUCAUGUGAGAUUUCUAUAUGAUAUUUGUCGUUAAGAUAAUGGUUGUUUAAGAGAGGUUUUCGUUGAGAGCUUAAAAAAGUGAGAUAUAUCAGGCCUAAAGCCUAGAAUGUGAUAAAGAAUUAUGUUAAUGUAAGGGUAGACUCUGCAUUAAAAUGAUAUCAAAUCUUA